AUGGAAGUUUUGGGACGUAAAGAAUCAUCAGAUAUUAUUAGAUCAUGUCAGCCAUGCAAAGUUGACGGUGAUACUGUACUAGCAGAGGGUUUUUGUGAAAACUGUAAUGAGUUUUUAUGUUCAUCCUGUAUCAAGGCACACCGGAAGCUGGCCGUAACAAAGAAUCACGUGAUUAAAUCUAAAGAUGAAAUGCCGACAGUACUGUCCACUCAAAGUGAUCCGUGCACUGAACUAUGUGAUGUUCAUAAGAACGAAAUAGUAAAGUUUUACUGUCAGGAUCACGAUAGUGUCGGAUGUGGAGAUUGUAUGGUACUGGAACAUACUUCCUGCAAGGUUCAACUCGUUUCAAACGUGUCCUGUAACUAUGACGACAGUGAUGCAUUUGUUCGGAUCAAACAUAGUAUUGAUCACCUUAUGAAAAACCUGGAUUCUUGUAAACAAGAAAUAAAAUGCAGUCUGAUAACAGCGGAUGAGAUAAAGAUAACUAUAUUGAAGGAAAUCAAGACGUUUCGUAAAGAGAUGGACAAUUAUCUUGACAGGGUAGAAAAUGACCUUAUACAAGAAGUUGAAAAGAUCAGUGCGAGCGAUAUCGCUAAACAGCAAACAAUUCAAGGUCGAUGCGAGGCUUUAAACUAUGAAAUAGAACAAUUUCAAAAUAAACAAGAACAGUGUAAAGACAAUAUCAAUAACUUAUUUGUUACAUCAAAACAAAUACUAAAGAAACUGCAAAGAUGUCAUGAAAUAAAUGAGGAAAUUUCAUCUAAAAGUCAAAUUAACACUUUAAAAUUUACUCCUUCUAAAGAAUUGAAGGAUGUGAAAAUGCAAAACACAUGCCUUGGAAACCUUGAUAGACAAGUGAAGAAAUUCUCGGGACGAUGCAGAAAAAGUAUCAUUGACAUGAAGACAAAUUUUGUGAAGAAAAUCGACAUAAAGGAAAAAGCAGAAACAAAUUGUUAUAUUACGGGAAUGGCAGUUAUAUCUGAAGCUGAAAUUCUAUUAGCAGACUAUAGAAAUGUAUCAUUAAAAGUAUUCAAUCAUAAAGAGUGUAAAAUAACAUCAACAUUGAAAACUCCGAGUGGGCCAGUUGACGUCACUACAAUAAAUUCCUUGUCUGCUGCAACAACUUUAUUUGAUGAGGGGAAAAUCAUGUUUAUAAAUACACAAAAUGGAUUGUCUGUAAGUCACAGUCUGCAAGUCAGGAAAGGAUGUGCUGGAAUAGAUCAUCACAACGGUAUAAUAGCAGUGACGUUUUGUAAAUCUCCAGCUGUCCAGAUAUUAGACAUGAAAGGUCAUGUUCUUCAUCAAGUCAGUGAUACAAGUAUACUUGGGGUGCCACUAUAUGUAUCUCUGAGUAGCGAAAAUGAGAGUAUGUACGUGUCUGACUAUAAGAACAAUGCCGUGUAUGAAUUUACACUGACAGGACAUCUGAAAGCUACAAUUAAAAGUAAGAAGAUGGAAUUUCCACAUGGCCUUACAUUCACCAACUGCGGAAAUGUUGCUAUUUGUGAUCCAUGUGAAAGUGACAAUAUUAGAGUUAUUGUACCUGGUACAAGAGAACUUUUACCUCUCUAUGUGCAAAAUGUGUUUAAUCCAUGUUCACUCCUUCUUUGUGAAGACCAGGGGAAAUUGUUUAUCACUGAACAUCAUCAAUCAAAAGGCCGCAACUUCAUUAAAGAAUACGACUUAAAAUAA